AUGCUGUGCAAUGGCCUGUUGCUUUCUGUCUACAUCAUCACCUUCCUGAUGGGGGUGCCCGCCAACAUCCUGGCGUUCUGCACCUUCUGCCGCAAGGUGCGUCGCAAGGCAACCCCGAUAGACAUCCUCCUCCUCAACCUCACCAUCUCCGACCUCAUCUUCCUCGCUUUCCUGCCGUUCAAAAUGAAGGAGGCCUUUGAUGGCAUGGCGUGGAUGCUGCCCUACGCCCUGUGUCCCUUCACUGGUUUCGUGUUCUACGUCACCAUCUACAACAGCACCCUGCUCCUCACAGCUGUGAGUGUGGAGCGAUACCUGGGGGUCGCCUUCCCCCUCAGGUAUUCUCUGUGUCGCAGACCUCGCUACGCCGUGUUGGCCAGCAUCAUGUUCUGGGUGGUGACCUCUCUGAAUCUCAGCAUUGUCUACAUCAUGCCAUACUCACAGUGGAAUAAAGGUUUAGACACCAACAACAGCAACACUGUCAGCAAGUCGGCCCGGCCUCCGCCCACCUGCUAUCUGAAUUUCACCGAAGAGGAGCUCGAUAUACUGCUGCCGGUCCGCCUGGAGCUCUUCUUAGUUCUCUUUUGUGUUCCCUUCUUGAUCUGUUGCUUCUGCUACGCCAACUUCAUCCUCAUCCUGUCCAGACUUCCAAACAUCGGCAGGCGCCGGAGGCUGCGUGCCAUUGGUCUGGCGCUCGGCACGCUGAUAGUGUUUGCUGUCUGUUUUGGGCCUUACAACGCCUCCCACGUUGUGGGCUUUGUCCGCAAAGAGAGUGAGGAGUGGAGGAACGUGGCGUUGCUCUCCAGCACCUUCAACGCCUGCCUGGAUCCAUUUAUCUUCUACUUCUCCUCAGCGGCUGUCAGAAGCAUGUUAAAUCACUGCUUCAGGAACAUCGUGGCAAAGCUGCACAUCCUCAGGGGUCCUCACCAGAGACCCUCCAAGACUGAAAAAUACAAGGAAGCACCUCAUCCUUGA